UUGAAUGAUUUUGCCGUUUUUCGAAAAUAUCGCGAGACACAGUGAGUCAAAAACGUUUUUAUUUGGUGAGAGCGUUUCUGGCUUUCUUUUUCAGGCACCGUAGUUCCACCUCAUUACGGCGGACUUUGCAUGGCGGUUAAACUGUCAUACAAACCUUUGUGUGGCAGAAAAAUGCCAGAAACGUCGCUUUUUAAAAACAUUUUAACCUCCGACAAGUCUCGUGCAGAACAAGCUUUACUUUAUUCAUUUUAAUUUUGUUUCUUCUGAACACAGAUGGUGAUCUCGUAAUAGCAUAUAACGGGAAAAAUGUGAGCAUUAAGGCGAUUUUACAGCGAUUAAACAUCACUGGAACGUUCUAUUUUGGUGCUUUUUGUCCGAGAGAUGAACAUUCGUGCAAGAAAAGAUGUAUUCAUGGCGCUCCCGCUGACCCAGCAGAGCGCGGAAGGAAGUUACCUUGUUACUGUGACAGCUAUUGCCUAGAUGUAGGAGAUUGUUGUUACGAUUUCCUCUCCAGGUAACGAGCAUGCAAUUAACUCCUGUGAGUGAAGAUAAAUAAAACAAGUAUGACUAAUCAGUUUUGCCAAUUUGUGAACCAAAUCCUGCGCUGUGAUUGGUUAUAAGAGCGGCCAAGAUGGCGCUAUCCCGGCCGCUCAGGAUUAUGCGCUGUGUCCCGCAAAAAAAGAAUCUUUAUAAUAAAUCCUUUAUUGACCAAGCUUGUUUGGUCAAAAUGUCUUGAUACUAGCCUCGUCCUUUCUGUCCAUGUUUAUGGACCUCGACUCGAUUUUCGUCCGUAAACGCGCAGAAAAUUUACUUGGACAAUCAUUCCAACCAUCUUACUAAACAAGCUUGCUCAAUAACCCAAGUAUACGACAAGGACGGCAAUAUAAAUGAAGACAGAAUAACAAUAACGUCAAGGGCAACAGCCACAGAAAACCUUAUUGACGUAAAACAGCAGCAGCAGAAACAAAACCUAUCCCUGCAAUCUCUUGAGCUGGUAGACGAGAGAACACCAAUAUAAAUUUUUAAAAAAAUAGAUUUACUGAGACAAAGAACUGUUCAAGCUCGAUGCGGUCUAAAGAUCUGGAGACACUUUAUUGUAUUAAGACAGCAAGUAAAACUGACAACAACAGCAACAGUAAUCCAGUGUUCAAAUGGCUGUAGCAGAUUUCAGUUUAAUUCCUGUUUUGCUGUUGUUGUUGAUGUUGCUGAUGUUGUUGCUUGUUGUUUUUGUUGAUGUUCAUUUAUUGCUCCUUAUAAACUAGUUGCAGUCAUGUGCAACCGAGGCAUGACGACCAACGUGGACAAUGGGAAUGUGUGAAUAUGAAGAACUCAGACAGUCAUGGUAAUGUGAUGAAAACCACAUGUCCACAAACUACCGUUCAACCAGAGAUUCAAACCUUAUGCGAGACUGUAGAUAACACAGACUUCCUACGGAGAAUGCCUGUUGUAGAUGAAAUAGCAGGUAUUGUUUACAGGAAUGUGUUUUGUGCCAGGUGUAAUGCCGUAAUAAACGUAUCUUACUGGCGAAUGACCGCAGACUGUGGACCUAUUCCAGCCUCAGCUCUUCCUCAAGACAACGCAUUGUUAUUGGCUUUUAUAAGAGAAAACUGCACGGUUAAGUACCAGCCUACAGAUAAACAGCGAAAAUACCUCAAAAAUUGUCUUGUGACCAAAAGCAAUUGCUCCUCGAAACAAAUAGUUGAAAAAGAACCAGUGUUGCAAGAUCUCUGUUCACACUACGCUUUCCCUGUUUGUGGAAAUUCACACCGUAAAAACCUCCACUGUGCAUUGUGCAAUGGAGACGACAUAACUCAGGUAAACUGUGGAUGCCUGGCGCCAGUUACAAGCGAUCCUCCAACUCAAGCCACGACUCUUAAGUCAACAACUCUACAACAUCAAACGAAUCCAGGGUCAACAUCUUCAACGCAGACCACGACAAGUGAUCCGACAACGCUUACCACGGGACCCGAAUCAACAACUCUACUGUAUACCAUGACAUCUGGAACAACACCUCCACCGUUUACUACGGGACCGUGGUCAACACCUCCACCACGUACCACAAUACCUUGGACCACACCUCCCAUGCUCAUGACGACGCUUAUGACGUCUGCAAUGACGACAACUGAUUUUCCACGUGAACCAGUUCCUCCUCCACUGAACAUUCUGUUUGACUUUUCCUCCAAUCAAAUUAGCAUUAAAGGCAAAACAACUCAAACUAAAGUUGUGGCACAAAAGACUUGUCAAGAAGGGUUUGUUUAUGAUCCUUUCGUUCAAAACUGCAGAGAGGCUUUCCACAAAGUGAUUGCAAACCCCAACAUCUCAAUCAAUUCAACCAAUUCAACCAAUUCAACGAGUGAUGUCGAAAUAAUGCUGAACUGUUCCGGCAUACAGCUUAAUUCUUCAGACACAGUUUUGCUUCCAAAUGGAACUUUGUGGGUUCCUUUACACUCCACAGGAUAUAACCGCACUGAUUAUUUCAUGAAUGGCUCCUUUGUAUUUUUGUGCUCAAACUUUGCAAGUAACUACUCAAAGAGAGAAACAAUUGCAAGGUGGUCCUAUGUGGUAUCUCCAUUACAGAUUAUUACCUACGCCGGUUGCUCAGUUUCGGUUCUAUCGCUGCUUAUUUUACUCGUCGUUUACUGCGUAUUUAAGGAGUUGAGGACUCUGCCAGGGAAAAAUCUGAUAAACCUGUCUUUUGCAAUGAUAUUUUAUCACAUAUUCCUGUUUGUCGCAGGAUUAAGAAACAUCCAAGCUCUCUGCACUGGAAUCGCUAUUCUUCUUCAUUACUUUUUGUUAUGUUCAUUUGCAUGGAUGAGUGUGAUGGCAUUUGAUGUGGCAAAAACAUUUGUAUUUCACGAUAAUGCCGCACGUUCCCAACCAGCUAGGAACAGUAGGAGGACUCUCUUUAAAUACUGUGUGUGUGCCUGGGGUUUACCUGCAGUUGUUGUGGUCACGUGUUUUGCGUUGGAUUACACGGAUACUGUUGGCAUAGGCUACGGACACAGUGGAUUUUGCUGGAUCAAAAAUGGUACUACGUUGCUAGCUGUUGUUGGUGUCCCCGUUGCAAUGGCUAUUGUAUUUAAUUUCGCAGCUUUAACUUGGACAGUCAUUUCUAUUUACAAAGUGCGCAAGGUCACUAGUAAAUUGUCCGACCAGGGAAGUCACUCAAGUCUCGCUCUGCUGUGCAUCAAGCUGACUGGCGUCCUUGGUCUUACAUGGGUGUUUGGAUUUCUCAGUUCCAUCGUAAAAACUGACGCUACAGCAUAUCUUUUUGUGGUGGUUAACAGCUUACAAGGAUUUUUUAUUUUCCUGACGUUUGUUGCAAAGAAGAGAACUGUAACUUUGCUGAGAGGCGCGAAAAAGAAAUAUCAUGAAGGAGGUCACAGUACCUACAGUAUCAACACAUUUGACACAAAGUUGUAAAAUGCUCUGCUCUGCCUGUUCUUUCUAAAUAUCUGGAAGUAUCAAAUAACAAAGACAUAAAAAUUAAGGUUUCGCUCUUUUCUCAAUACAAACUCAAGUCAAUACAAAUUCAUACCCUAGAGGUUGUUCAACGGAGGGGUGAGUUUAAUAGGUAGCUCUCAACUUACUCUACAAAAUAGAUUACUUUUUUGGGUAUGGCUUUUGAAGCCGUCAUUAUGUCCCUUAUAUUUGAUCUCGUUACAUUCUCAGGAAGAGAGAAAAUUAUGUAAAAUUGGUAGAAAAUAUUGAUUUAAAAUGGUAACAGAGCCUCCCCCCCCC